CAUUACAGUAUCUAUCUUUGCAUCGAGUGGUCAUAGGAAGAUAUAUUUUUUUUAUUUUAAUCGAAAAGUGUUAGUGCAAGAGCAAUGUCAUUAACAAAAACAUUUAUUUAUUUUGUAUUUUUCACUUACUGUCUUAUAAGUGUUAGUUGUGACUCGGAUUUGCAAUGUUAUGUAUGCACCGACUGUGAGUUUAAUUAUGAGGGUACGGCAACGACUUGUGAAGACAUUCUACUAACAACUGUUACACCUGACGAAUCAACAACUAAUAUAGGAGAAACAUACACGACAGACAAUGGAAAUAACGAUGAGACUACACAGCCAACAGAGACAACGGAUCCUUCUACGACCGAAGAAACCGCAUUCAAUGAAAUACCAGAAACCACAACUCAUAUAACAGCAUUAACCACUGAAAAUGCUGCAAACCUUAAACCGAAGACCACGAACCCGCCAAUAGAAACUUCUAGUAUCCCAGUAUCUACUGAAACAACCAGUAAUAAAUAUGUCAGUACAGAAUCUACAUUAAUACCUACAAUAACUGAAACCACUACAGAAAUUUCUACAACGGAAGUUUCCCCAACUAUCUCAACACUUUCGUCAACGAUAGGAGCUUUGGAUACGACUACCUUAGGUAUCAAUACCAAAACUACACAAACAGAAGGUCUAGAAAGUACUGUUAAACCUGUAAUUACUAGCACUCUUUCAGAAGCUGAAAUUUUUAUUACAACUACAGAACCUAGUGUGACUACAUCGAAAACGACUACCGUAGGUAGCACUACCAAAACUACACAAACAGAAGGUUUAGAAAGUACUGUUACACCUGUAAUUACUAGCACUCUUUCAGAAGCUGAAAUUUUUAUUACAACUACAGAACCCAGUGUGACUACAUCGAAAACGACUACCUUAGGUAGCACUACCAAAACUACACAAACAGAAGGUCUAGAAAGUACUGUUACACCUGUAAUUACUAGCACUCUUUCAGAAGCUGAAUUUUUUAUUACAACUACAGAACCCAGUGUGACUACAUCGAAAACGACUACCGUAGGUAGCAAUACCAAAACUACACAAACAGAAGGUCUAGAAAGUAGUGUAACGCCUGUUAUAACUAGCACUGCUGCAGAAAGUAGUAUUUCCACUACAGAACCCACUGUGACUACUUCGGGAGGAAGUAAGGAGACUUCAACCAUUAUCCCUUCUACUUUCAGUACUGUAGCUUUAGGACCUACUACAGACAAAUCUAUGACUACGUCUGUGAGCUUACCUUCAACGACAGACGCUUCGAGUACUACUUACAUGGGUACAGAAAGAUCGUUAGAAACCGGAGGACCAGAAACUUCUAUAUUACCAACUACCACCAAACCCUCAUCGCAAGCCGCUACAGAAUCUACUACGAAUGCUGAAUUAGGAUCUACAAUGGUUACAAAUUUAAUAGAUAACGAACCAAAUGUUAUGAUGAUCGAUGAUACUAAGAAGUACGGUUCGAGGUACAGGUUUAUAAGGGCUGCUCAAGCGAAGCAAGAUGCGAAACCUAAGCCCCGCUGUAUUGUUACUGCUUAUCAAGAACACAAUAAAACAAUAGUGGUGCGUGGCUGUUCAUUCGGAAAAGAAGAAGAGAAUUGCAACUCGGUGUUGGAUGGAAGAGUUAAGAUUAAUAAUAGCAAAUGUUUUGUCUGUAACACUAAUCUUUGUAAUUCAGCAUCAACUUCUAUCGUCUCUGCUUUUAUUGUAAUAGCAAUGAUUUUGAUUGUUCUCUAAGUUUUCAGCAAGUGAUUUUUACCGUAGGCGCCAUGAACG